AACUGAGUCACUCGUUUCAUUGGUGAAAAGAAAACGAACCAGGCACUAUUCGGAAGUGUGAUUGGCUGUUGCUAGGAACCGUCUCAAGGCCUUAUGGGCCCUGGUUACGGAAGCCGAGGAAGGCUGAGAGCGGUCUCUCCAGGAAAGUAGUCGCGGAAUCUCAGUUAGCGGUGGGGAGGCGGUAUGUCCGGUUCAAUGGCGACUGCGGAAGCUAGCGGUAGCGAUGGGAAAGGGCAGGAAGUCGAGACCUCAGUCACCUAUUACCGAUUGGAGGAGGUGGCAAAGCGCAACUCCUUGAAGGAACUGUGGCUUGUGAUCCAUGGGCGAGUCUACGAUGUCACCCGCUUCCUCAACGAGCACCCUGGAGGAGAAGAGGUUCUGCUGGAACAAGCUGGUGUAGAUGCAAGUGAAAGCUUUGAAGAUGUAGGACACUCCUCUGAUGCCAGAGAAAUGCUAAAGCAGUACUAUAUUGGUGAUAUCCAUCCGAGUGACCUUAAACCUGAAAAUGGUAGCAAGGACCCUUCAAAACAUGAUACAUGCAAAAGUUGCUGGUCAUACUGGAUUUUACCCAUCAUAGGCGCUGUUCUCUUAGGUUUCCUGUACCGCUACUACACAUCGGAAAGCAAAUCCUCCUGAGGAGGCCUUGCUGAAGUUGGAAAGUGCAUCCAUUUUGGGGUGAAAACUAGAGACUUGCUUGGGGGCUGCAGAAGUGCCCUCUCCUCGAAUCCUGCCAGUUGCAUUCUUCCCCCUUGGAGCCAAGACGAUUGGCCAGACAUCCACCUCAGAUCUGGGACCAGUGUCCUCCAUCUCUCAGAGCCUUACUCCCAAAGUACCUGCUCACUGUUCUGUGUCAAAUGAUUGCCGGUGUUUCCUCUCUUCACUGGUUUCCAUGAGUACCCUUAUAUUUCAAAACUUCCUGUUCAUAAGUUAUAGUGACAUUGCUCUUUCGUAAAAAUGCCUGCUUUCCAAUACUUUGAUUGCACAUUAGACAUUCAUAACAGGGCGGCAGUCUAGUGUUGAAACUUUUAUUUUUUCAUUUUUCUUUUAAGUAAAUUUUUAAAAAAAUUUCUGAUUUAGGGCUGGGUGCGGUGGCUCAGGCCUGUAAUCCUAGCACUUUGGGAGGCCAAGGUGGGAAGAUCGUUUGAGGCCAAGAGUUUGAGACCAGCCUGGGCAACAUAGCGAGACUCUUACCUGUUUUAAAAAAAAAAAAUCUGAUUUAAUUCUGUUAUUUAUCAUAAGGGGUUUAAUUCCUGAAGUAAAGGUAUGCACCUAUUAAACUUAAAACUACCAAAUGAGUUUUGUUCCUUUUAUGUGCAUGAUAAAGCUACAAGGAAUGGUGUGGCCACCUCUUCCUCCCUUUCAAGCUAGGGCAGCAGGUAGCUCUUCCCACCCCCUGAGCCCAGCCCCUUCCCAAGUGGUGCUGGACAAAAAAACUACAUGGCCCUUUUAUGUCUUGGGGCUGGAAAGGGAGGGAUGAAUUGGGGUGAUAGAACCCUGAUGAAUUCAGAGUUAUCUUUCUUUAGAAAAAUAUUGAAAAACACUACUUCAGGAUAGGAGUUUAGAAAAAGCACCAAAGCUUUCACUUUGGUUUGGCACCAGUUUCUAACCAUCUGUUUUUUCUACCCUAGCUAUCUUUUAUUGGUAAAAUAUAAAUGUAUAAUUAUGUCUGUAGAGCUUUACCAAGGAUUUUCCCUCCUGUUUUGUUUGUUGAUUAGCAAAUUUUUGAUUCUCCAUUUUCCAAAAGUAAAAGACUCCAGCAUGGCCUUCUGUUUGCCCCGAGUAAAGUAACUUCCAUAGAAAAUGGUAUUUGAAAGUGAGAGUUCAUGACAAGAGCCCGUUUUCCAUUUCUUCUGUAUUUUACCUCCAUGACUCCAACUUGUGGGUUUGUUCUGUUUUUCCAUGAGAAUAAAAUACUGGCAGUUUUUUUCUCUGAUGUGUGUUCAUUGAGAAGUAGGUUACUAGAAUUAUGUUACUGUGUCUUAUUGGUUCAGUGAUGAUUUCUCUGGCAUAUUAGACUUUUUUUUUUCCCCCAUAGAAGCACCUGAGGAAAUAAAUAGUACACUGGCUGUUUUCUGCCAGCAACUGUGGUAAUUUUUCUCCCUGUCCUUUGAGAAUUGCUAGUCUGCUUCUGAGCCAUUGUCAUAUCCGGCAGGGAGCAGCUUGGUUCAAGAAGGACCAUAGAGGCUGCUCAGCAUCUCCUCCCUCCCUCCCAGCUUGCCAGGGAUUUGAUGAGACAGGAAACUGCCCAGCAAACCAGGGACUGCCCAUGCAAACUAUUUAAGAAAAAGUUCAACCCAGGUCUUGUAUCCUGUGAUUUAGCAGUUGAAUGAAUACAGAAUUCAUCAAAAUAAUAUUAACCUUGUACUUGCACACUUGGAUAUAUUUGGGAGUAAUUUUAGGAGAUUUCUGGCUGAGUUUUACAAAAUGUCAGGGAUAUGGGUUUAGUAAAACUUUUAUCUUUAGAAAAAUGUUCGUAUGCAUUAUAAGAUGCUACUUUUAAGACAAUAUUGAUAAAAACCUUGGUUAUUAUUUAACAACAGUGGUAUAACUUGAUGCUUCUCUAUUUAAAGGCAAGGAAGGAUUGGUAUAUGAUUGCCUGUAAUAAAUAAAUUACGUGAUUAUUGGAGUACAUUGGGGUAAAAGUAAAGAACAGAGGAGUAUUGAGGAGCUUGAAAUGGAACAUUCAAUCUAAAGCCAAGCCUGAAGAUAACUUGAAUCAGUUGUAAAAAUGUGUUGGCAAUGUCCAAAAUUGAAUGAAAAACAUCUGGCUUAUAAGCAAUGUUAGAGAACU